AUGCGAGCUUCUUCUUCUUCUAAGUCACUCGCUGCAAGCAGUUUUGCCAACAGACUUAAGACCAUCUUCAAAAAAGCUUACGAGCUUUCAAUUCUCUGUCAAAUCGAGGUUUGCGUCAUCUACUACGGACCAAACGGCGAAUUGAAGACAUGGCCGAAGGAGAAAGAGAAAGUGAAAGCCAUGGCUUUUAGGUAUAAGGCGGUCACAAAACGCAAGAAGAGCCUCAAUCUUCAAGAGUUCAUGGAGGGGAAGAAGGAGAACGAUGAGAAGAACUCGAAGAAGAAGAAGACGAAGAGAGACUCGGAGAGCGUCAAUGGAUCCAAGUAUCCUGAUUGGUAUCCAAUCUUUGAUCACUACUCUCCAAACCAACUCUCUCGAUUGAUUCUGUCCUUAGAACAGACUCUCUCUAAACUGCAAGAAAGGCUUCGUUUUGUGGAAGCGCAGAAACAGAGGAACACAAAUUUGGUCUAUCAGACUUGGACACCAUCUUCGUCUCUGAACCAGUAUCAUCAUCAUCAUCAAUAUCAGAGACAACCCUUGAAUCCUAACCAGUUCUCUUUGUAUAUGUAUAACCACGGAGAUGCUACUCUCUCGCAGCUCCCACUCUCUGCAUCUAGUGCCAAUCAGCUCAUCAAUUACCAAAACCACUUGAUGAUGCAGCAGCAGAAGCUUCAUGGUUUCGAUCAAAAUUACAUCAAAAACGGAAACUUUCAACAUUCUAACACAACACAAGCCUUACUUUCAGUACAAGAACCUCAUGAGUUGAUGCAGCAGCAGGAGCUUUAUGGGUCUCAUCAUCAGAACAUGUGUAUGAUGAUGAAUGAUGUCUCCAACAGCAACGUUGUACAAGAUCCUUGUCUCUCAAGAAGAGUUCCAGAUGAGUUAGUUUCUGAUUUCCAGAAGAAGCAUUAUGGUGAUAUGGUCGGUAGCACUAGCUUCUGUCCAGAGUUGCUUUCAGGAUUUUUCUGUCAAAAAACGGCUGAUAUGAGAGACUGA